AGGCUGAGUUCCUUGGCUUAGGCACCAUUUCAACUGUUACUUAGAAAACUUUUCGUCAUCUUGAUUCAAGGUGUCUGUGAAUGCUGAGUUCCAGCAGGUGCCUCUGAGACUCUGCACCAUGCCCCCCAAGUUGCAGAUCACUGUCCCAGCCCUGUGCCUCCUUGGGGUCUUGACCCUACUGCUGUGCCCUGCUGGCCUGUGUGAUUGCAGAAAGUCUCCUCCCAUUACCCACGGAUCUCAUCGAGACAUAAGUUCAUUAUUAUCCUUUACGACUGUGGUGCACUAUGAAUGUGAUGAAGGAUAUGUUCUGGUUGGAGAGCCCCAGAUCAGCUGCAGAAAUUCACAGUGGUUAUCUCCAGCCCCUCAAUGUAAAGCUCUGUGUCUGAAACCAGAGAUAGAAAAUGGAAAUCUGUCUGUGGAUAAGGAUCAAUAUGUUGAGCCUGAAAAUGUCACAAUCCACUGUAACUCUGGCUAUGUUGUGGUCAGCUCUCAAAGUAUCACCUGCACAGAGAACAAAACCUGGUACCCAGAGGUGCCCAAGUGUGAGUGGGAAGUCCAUAAUGGCUGUGAGCAAGUGCUAGCAGGCAGUAAACUCAUGCAGUGUCUCCCAAACCUGGAGGAUGUGAAAAUGGCCCUGGAAGUGUAUAAACUGUCUCUGGAGAUUAAGCGACUCAAACAAGAGUAAGACUUCAAGAGGAACACCAGUUAGAAACCAGUACUUUCAUUCCCCCUCCCUUAUACUUCCCCCGACAAAAAUAUAAAAUUAGGUACAUUUCUCUAAUUAGCAGUUCUACUGUUCCUUAAGUAUUAUUAUUUACUGAAAUAAAAAAAAUCCACCUGUUUUAGGAGAAUCUGUUGAUAGUGCUACUGAUAAUAUGGAGCUAUUGAUGAUUUAUAUCUGAGUCCAGCUUAAGCUUCUGCUUUCCUU